AUGAAGCUCUCCGGUAUCGUAGGACUGGCAGCACUUGCCGGCAUCAUCGAAGCUUUGCCAACUGUGGGAAGCGGUUCUGCUUCCAUCGAGGCUCGUGACGCCCAAUGUUCACCUCCCGGCGAGCACAAAUGUGCAUUGAUGAUCUGGGCUACUGUCGGAAUGAAUGGCCAGGGUGCCACCGUCGUGGAUGGCAGCUGCAAGGACAUCAGGGCAAAAGCGAAGUACGACACCGGAAAGGGCAAGGGCUUCAGUGCAGAUCUUACCACGACUUACGGUCCGCACUUGUAUAUGGGUGCCGCGUAUAUUGGUGUCAAUAAUCUUGAUGCGGUAACUUACCAGUACAAGGGACAGAGUUACACAGGGAAGGACUGUAACAAGUUGUCUCCCAACCUUUUCCAGUGCAACUUUGCCUGUUAG